AUUUUCCAACAUGGCGGACAAGAACCACUUGUAGUUGAAAAGUUAACAAAUACUUUUGAAGCCAUAAAUCAUUGAAUCUUGCUAGAAAGACUGCUUUGAACAUGAAGAUAGCUGUAGAAGGAUGUGCGCAUGGCGAGCUCGAUAAGAUAUAUGAGUCCAUUUUGUUUCUUCAAGAGAAGGAAGGGAUCAAAGUCGAUCUACUGUUGUGCUGUGGUGACUUUCAAGCCGUCAGGAAUGGAAACGACUUAGAGUGCAUGGCAGUACCGCCUAAAUAUCGAAAGAUAGAAUCAUUCUAUAAAUAUUAUUCAGGAGAAAAAGUUGCUCCAGUUUUGACGAUAUUCAUUGGUGGAAACCACGAGGCCAGUAAUCACCUUUGGGAACUACCCCAUGGGGGGUGGGUAGCGCCUAAUAUUUACUAUCUAGGGUACAGUGGGGUGGUCAACUUUGGUGGACUUCGCAUAGCUGGAUUAUCAGGAAUCUAUAAAUCUCAUGAUUACCGCAAAGGGCAUUACGAAUGCCCUCCCUAUGAUGGCAACACAAUGCGAAGUGCUUAUCACAUCCGAAGUUUUGACGUCUUCAAGCUCAAACUCUUGUCUCAACCAAUGGACAUUGUCAUGUCACAUGACUGGCCUCAAGGGGUAUAUCACCAUGGUGAUGUCAGUAAGCUAUACAAGUAUAAAGGUUUUCUACAACCAGAGAUUGAAUCUAAUACCCUAGGAAGUCCCCCUGCUAUGGAAAUACUUCAAACAUUACAACCAUCGUACUGGUUUUCUGCACACUUACAUGUGAAAUUCCCAGCCCUCAUCCCUCAUGAGUCUGAAACAAAUGGACAGGCCAAGUUUACUAAGUUUCUUGCAUUAGACAAGUGCCUUCCUCAUCGAGACUUUCUGCAGGUGAUCGAUACAGGCCCUGACAAGGCACCAUUAAAGUUAUGUUAUGAUGCAGAAUGGCUGGCAAUCCUAAAGUUAACAAAUCCUCUUAUAAACACUACCUCCAGUUUCACAGUUCUACCUACUACUACUGAGGAAAUUGAACACUAUAAACCAAACCAAGAAAUGGCUGCCAAAAUUGAAAGUGAAUUCAAAGGGAAUCUUAUAAUUCCUGAAAAUUUUGUCCAAACAGUUGAAGCAUUUAAUCCAUCUCAACCCAAGAAAAGAUGCAAAAUAAUGAACUCAGCUAACCCUCAGACACAAUGCUUAUGCAAUACUCUUGGUAUUAGUAAUUCAUUUUUUCCUCAAGAGUCUCAGUCAAGUCAAGCUGAUGCUUCUGCCAAUCCAGAUGAAAUAGAUUUAGGGGAUGAUGAUGAUGAUGAGGACAAUGAUGAGACAACUGGUGAUGAAGUGAUGGAGAAAGAAAUUGUUUGUAGUAGCACUUUGACUACUAACCAAUCAAACCCUGAUGAAAUAGCUCUUGAUGAAAGUAUUUUAGAUGAGCAAAAUGUUCAAGACAAAAGUCCUUUGAGUACUCCAGGGGACAACACCUUUGGCAACACUGAAAACACUGUGCUUGGCAGUAAUACCAACACUGAUGUCAAUUCAGAACCAAAACCAAAAGUAUUUAAGCUCUGCAGAAGAAAUCAAGCCAUAUACACACAAGAUGAUGAAGAUGAUUAGGAAAUAUACAUAGUGAGAGGUUGGGGUUGAUUGUCGAUACUUAUCACCUCUAAAUUUUAAGUGAAAAAGCAAAAAGACAAGAAAAAAAUAAUUCAUGUUAUCAAGUGUUAGAUUUUCCUUGCUUUUAGUCAAUCCUUGAGUUUUUUUAUUGAAAAAUAAAGUAAGUAAUGAUGA